AUGCCCCCGCCUCCAGUUUCACUGUGGUGUUAUCAGGGAGAGUGCGUACCUUUUGGCACUUGGCCCCAGAGCGUAGAUGGGGAUUGGGGUCCGUGGUCAAUAUGGGGAGAGUGCAGCCGGACCUGCGGGGGAGGAGUCUCCUCGUCGAUAAGACACUGUGACAGUCCAGCGCCUUCAGGUGGAGGCAAGUAUUGUCUUGGAGAAAGGAAGCGGUAUCGCUCCUGUAAUACUGAUCCAUGUCCUUCAGGGGCCCGUGAUUUUCGAGAAAAGCAAUGUGCGGAUUUUGACAAUAUGCCUUUCCGAGGAAAGUAUUAUAACUGGAAACCCUACACUGGAGGUGGAGUUAAACCAUGUGCAUUAAACUGCUUGGCUGAAGGUUACAAUUUUUACACUGAACGUGCUCCUGCAGUUAUAGAUGGGACUCAGUGCAAUGCUGAUUCACUGGAUAUCUGUAUCAAUGGAGAAUGCAAGCAUGUAGGUUGUGAUAAUAUUUUGGGGUCUGAUGCUAAGGAAGAUAGAUGCCGUGUUUGUGGAGGAGAUGGGAGUACCUGUGAAGCCAUAGAGGGUUUCUUCAAUGAUUCAUUGCCCAGAGGAGGCUAUAUGGAAGUAAUUCAAAUUCCAAGAGGUUCUGUGCACAUUGAGAUAAGAGAAGUGGCAAUGUCAAAGAACUACAUUGCUUUAAAAUCUGAAGAGGAUGACUACUAUAUUAAUGGUGCCUGGACUAUUGACUGGCCAAGAAAGUUUGAUGUUGCUGGAACAGCGUUUCAUUACAAGAGGCCAACAGAUGAACCAGAGUCUUUGGAAGCACUAGGCCCUACUUCAGAAAAUCUCAUAGUCAUGAUUCUGCUACAGGAACAAAAUUUGGGUAUAAGGUAUAAAUUCAAUGUUCCCAUCUCUCGCACUGGCAGCGGAGAUAAUGAAGUUGGCUUUGCGUGGAAUCAUCUGCCUUGGUCAGAAUGUUCUGCCACUUGUGCUGGAGGUGUACAGAAACAAGAGGUGGUGUGUAAAAGGCUGGAUGACAACUCCAUUGUACAAAACAAUUACUGUGAUCCUGACAGUAAGCCUCCAGAAAACCAAAGAGCCUGCAACACUGAGCCUUGCCCACCUGAAUGGUUUAUAGGAGAUUGGUCAGAAUGCAGUAAGACCUGUGAUGGAGGAAUGCGUUCACGAACGGUUCUCUGUAUCAGAAAGAUCAGACCUUCUGAGGAGGAGACACUGGACACUACCAACUGUUUAACACAUCGGCCUAUUGAAAAAGAGCCUUGUAACAAUCAGUCCUGUCCCCCACAGUGGGUCACUUUGGACUGGUCAGAAGUAAGGAAAUUUUGCUGUGUUAGUUCAUUGGUAAUAGUGGAGAGGAGAGCUCUGACCACUGAAUAUGCCCGUGACACUCGCAGUUCGGAGAAGCUUGGUAGUUACAUGGAAGCAAACCUCCAGAAUUCUGUGCCCGGGAACACAGAAAAUGUAGCACAAGAAAUCCUUCUGAUUCAGCGUAUGCUCAUCUACUACAGGGAAUUAAACCUUGCAAGCAAGGUCAAGGAGAACAGAAAGGGCUUCUUCAAAUACAUUGCAGAUCAAACUAAGACUAGAGGCAAU